UAUUUUACAACUCCACGUCUAAAUUCCUGACAUUCAACGACCUCCUCAGAGCACUUGCCUGGACGGACUCUGAACGCUGCGAACCCAUCUUCGAAGAAGGUCCUGACACUUGAUCCAGAGCACCAGCUGACGCCCGCCGCCUCAUCUUCCAAAGUCUAGCCACAACACGCUAUGGCAAGAAAUUACCAUUCAACGCGGAAUACGCGUUCGCAAAGACUACAUUCGAUGAAGAUGGUGAUAAGAUGUACCAUGAUUUGCUUGAUGUGUUGUAUAAUGUCGCAAAGCCGGAGCAGAUUGGAAGGGGUGGGCCUCCGAGGGAUGGGUUUCAGGGGUUUGCUAAGGAGCUUCAGAUUCGGUUAAUUGGAGGGAAUGGGAAGCUAAAGCGUCUUCAUCAUCUAAGUAUUCCGCAGGAUGAGUUUCGGGAUCUUGUGAAACUGCGUUUGGUGACGCAUUUCGGGGGACGGCCUAACGAUCAGAUCCAGCAGGAUGGGGAUUUGGAUCGUGUUGCGGAUUGCAUCGUUAGAGCAUUUGCUCAGGAUCCUAAUCUGGGCAUUACCUGGGAGAUGUUCGACCAGGCUAGUAAGACAAUGCCGGAUUUCCUCGCUAGUUAUCACCGUCUUUUAUCAUGCCUUUACAAGCCCGACGAGAAGGAUAUCAAGCACCGGUUGCCCAAACCAGGCCACAUCGCCACGCUUCCCAUUUUCGCCCAAUUAGGGAUACUUCUCUGGGAGACAGUGAGCUUUGCGCACGUCCAGCUGCACAAAUCCUACAUCGUUCUCAAGAAUACAUCGUCAAUCAACACCGCUACUCUCGGAAAAUAAAUGACCGAGGUUCCCAGACGAGGACCCGGUGAUCAUCCUUUUAAUUUCCGGAAAGCUCGCCCGGACGAACGAAAAGGCGAUUUUCGGAUAUCAUCUCCCGUGGUCCAAAUCCGAGGAUUCUCCGUUCCUAUUCCAA